AGGGAGGAAGACAGGACCAUGUCGAAGGGCCCCGGGCCUGGCGGCUCCGCGGCUUCCUCGGCGCCCCCGGCCGCCACCGCCCAGGUGCUGCAGGCGCAGCCCGAGAAACCGCAGCACUACACGUACCUAAAGGAGUUUCGCACGGAACAGUGCCCACUCUUUGUGCAACACAAAUGUACCCAACACCGGCCCUACACCUGCUUCCACUGGCACUUUGUUAACCAGCGUCGCCGUAGGUCCAUCCGCCGCCGAGAUGGCACCUUCAACUAUAGCCCUGACAUCUACUGCACCAAGUAUGAUGAGACCACAGGCCUCUGCCCAGAGGGAGAUGAGUGCCCGUUCCUGCACAGAACCACAGGGGACACCGAGCGACGGUACCACUUACGCUACUACAAAACUGGAAUCUGCAUCCAUGAGACUGAUUCUAAAGGAAAUUGCACCAAAAACGGCCUGCAUUGCGCCUUUGCUCAUGGGCCCCAUGACCUUCGCUCUCCUGUCUAUGACAUCAGGGAGCUCCAGGCAAUGGAGGCCUUACAGAAUGGUCAGGCUACAUCUGAGGGGAGUAUCGAGGGUCAGUCGGCUGUGGCUGCAAGCCACGCUAUGAUAGAGAAAAUCCUCAGUGAGGAGCCACGGUGGCAAGACACAACCUAUGUCUUAGGGAAUUACAAGACUGAGCAGUGCAAGAAGCCUCCUCGGCUCUGUCGCCAGGGAUACGCCUGCCCGUACUACCAUAACAGCAAAGACAGACGGCGGAGCCCCAGGAAACAUAAAUACAGGUCCUCCCCUUGCCCAAGUGUGAAACACGGGGAUGAGUGGGGCGACCCUGGCAAAUGUGAAAAUGGAGAUGCCUGCCAGUACUGUCAUACUCGAACGGAGCAACAGUUCCACCCGGAGAUCUACAAGUCCACCAAGUGUAACGACAUGCAGCAGUCGGGCAGCUGUCCCCGAGGUCCUUUCUGCGCCUUUGCCCAUGUUGAACAGCCCCCGCUUGGUGAUGAUUUUCAGUCUUCUUCAGCUGUGCCCAGUCCCACACAGGCUGGCAGUGUGAUGUACAUGCCGUCAGCAGCAGGGGACUCGGUGCCUGUGAGCCCCUCCAGCCCUCAUGCCCCAGACCUUAGUAAUAUACUUUGUAGGAACAGCAGUCUGGGUAGCCCAUCUAACCUCUGUGGCUCUCCCCCGGGCACUAUCCGAAAGCCACAGAACCUAGAAGGUAUCAGCUUCCCUGGGGAGGCAAGCCCAGCACCUGGUAGUUACAAGAAGGCACCUGGCUUUGAGAGGGAGGACCAAGUUGGAGCUGAAUAUCUAAAAAGCUUCAAAUGCCAGGCCAAAAUAAAGCCCCAUUCUCUGGAACAUAGGAGCCAGGAGCAGCCUCUGAUUCAGCCCAAACAGGACAUACUGGGCAUCCUCCCAGUGGGCAGCCCCCUGACCUCCAGCAUCUCUUCUAGUAUCACUUCCAGCUUGGCAGCCACACCUCCCAGUCCCGCAGGCCCCAGCAGUGUCCCUGGCAUGAAUGCAAAUGCCCUGCCCUUCUACCCUACUAGUGACACAGUGGAAUCGGUCAUAGAGUCUGCCCUUGAUGACUUGGACCUGAAUGAGUUUGGAGUAGCUGCCCUGGAAAAGUCAUUCGACAGCAGCACAGUGCCUCACCCAGGUGGCAUCAUGAUUGGUGGCAGUUUGUUACAGAGCUCUGCCCCUGUGAACAUCCCUGGCUCCCUAGGCAGCUCGGCUUCCUUUCAUUCUGCCUCUCCCUCCCCUCCUGUCAGCCUUUCCUCACACUUCCUCCAGCAGCCCCAGGGCCAUCUGAGCCAAUCAGAAAACACUUUCCUGGGGACAUCAGCAUCACAUGGAUCAUUAGGUUUAAAUGGAAUGAACAGCAGUAUCUGGGAGCACUUUGCCUCUGGGAACUUCUCCCCAGGCACAUCGCCAGCGUUUCUGUCGGGCCCAGGGGCUGCUGAGCUGGCCAGGCUCCGACAAGAGCUGGAUGAAGCCAAUGGGACCAUCAAGCAGUGGGAGGAGUCAUGGAAGCAAGCCAAACAGGCUUGCGAUGCCUGGAAGAAAGAGGCCGAGGAGGCCAGUGAGCGGGCCAGUGCUGCCGGCAUGGAGUGUGAGCUGGCCCGGGAGCAGCGGGAUGCCCUGGAGGUGCAGGUGAAGAAACUUCAAGAAGAGCUGGAGCAACUGCAUUCUGGGCAGGACCCCCAGACCCUGUGCUCCUUCUCCGACCUAGAGGCCCUCUCGCUCUCCACCUUGUACUCCCUGCAGAAGCAGCUCAGGGCCAACCUGGAGAGAGUGGAAAAGGUGGUAUUCCAGAUGCAGUCACCUGCAAAGUGUCUCAAGUGUCAAGAGCAGCAUCGGGUGGUGCUACAGUGCCAACACACCGUGCUGUGUGAGCUGUGUGCAGAGGACAGCGAGUGCCCCGUCUGCCACCCGAGCUGUGCCCGCCCUCCCCUCCAGUCAUGACCCACCGGGCCAGAUUACAGCACAUAGAACUUUUUAAAGUACACACAUAUAUAUAUAUGUAUAUAUAUAUAUGUGUGUGUGUGUGUGUGUGUGUAUGUACACAUACACACAGGC